AUGGAUAUGAACAACACAAUGAAUUUCUUAACAAUGAGGUUAUUGACUGACAUCCGAGAUAAUUUAGGACAAGAGACAGGAGAACUUACAAAAAAGUGGCUUAAGAUGACAACAAAAAAAGCAAACCUGACUAAUAGAAGAAAUUUUCUACUUACAUGUAGAAACAUGGGUAUUUUCCCAAAUCACAUCAUCAAUAAUAUCAAAUCAAUUUAUUCGCUACAAGUAGAUGAACAUCCGUUUAGAUCCUCAGUGGAUAAUAUUUUAUUUAAUUUUAGACGAAAGACAUUAAGCUUAGAGAUUAAAGUGACAGCAUGGAUGUUGAUGAAGACUGGAAAAACUCUCGGUAAAUUGGAGGCUGAAGUACAAGUUAAGAUUGGAGCACAAAGAUUCGAGCUAUUGGCAUCCAUAAGAAAAAGUAGAUAUGAUCAAGAGUUUCGUAAAAUUAAAAAAGCUAAUAUCAAAAAAUUGAAGAACUUAUCAAGCUCGCAAGCAAGCAUUAUAGUGAAUACACAACAGAAAUGUGUGUUCAACUUUACGGACGUAGUGUUACCAGAGGAGGUGAACAGAAUUUUAACGCUGGAGCCAAACUUUGGUUUACCAGUAACGAACAAAGAUGUGAAACCUGUAUUGUUCAUUAAGGACAUAGAAUACGCGUUGGACCAAGUCAACAUUGAGGGUAUGGAUUUGGUGUCCUUAAAUGAUGAAAAGAGUAACAUACGAGGCAGAGUAGUAAAUAUACUUAACAACUUCUACUUUGGCCACAACAACCGUAUUGAUAAAGCUGAAUUAUACGAAAAAACAUUAGUUAAAGAUUUCAAAAGAACUAGGAAAUUUCUGGGUGCUAAUAAGGAGAUUAUUGUGUCAAGAUCAGAUAAGGGUAAUAGUACAGUGGUGAUGUACAAACAUGAAUAUGUGACCAAGUUAGAGGAGAUGCUAGGUGACAACGAGACGUAUCAACUAAUAACAAAAGAUCCCACGGUGAAAUUUAUGGAACAGGCUAAUGGUCUAGUUACUAGGUUAUUUAGUGCUAAUGUAAUAUCUGAAGGUCUAAAAAAAUAUUUAAUAAUAAGACAAGCUUUACCACCUAAGUUGUAUGGCUUGAGAAAAGUUCAUAAAUCAGGGUGUGCUCUUAGACCAGUGGUGAGCUGUAUAAGUUCUCCAGGAUAUAAAUUAGCAAGAUUCCUACAUAACACUCUGGCUCCAGUGAUCAAGACGUUUAAAUUUAACUUGAAGAAUUCUCACGAAUUUGUUGAAGGUAUUAAAAACAUCAGAUUACCUGAAAAUUAUAGACUAGUAUCAUUGGAUGUAGUUUCGUUGUUCACGAACAUUCCUAAAGAUUUAGUUCUGGAGAUUAUCAUAAAAAAUUGGGAUGAGUGGUCUAAACUGAUCAAAGUUCCAAAGGAGUUGCUGUUGGAGUUGGUGAAAUACUGCUUUAACAGUAGUUACUUUACAAUUGAUGGUAAGAUCUACAGACAGUUGGAUGGCAGUGCAAUGGGCAACCCAGCAAGCCCAGCCCUAGCAAACUUGGUGGUAAAUGACGUGAUGGAAGAAGUUAUGAGAGACCUGCCGUUUGAAAUAAAGCUGUUAAAAAUCUACGUAGAUGAUUCUAUUGCUGCGGUUCCACAAGACUGUAUAGGCAUGAUGCUGGAGUUGUUUAACAGCUAUCAUAGAAAAAUACAGUUCACCAUGGAAGUAGAGGUUGAGAGGAGUAUUCCUUUCCUGGAUUUAAGAGUGAUUAGAGCUGAGGAUGGUACCAUAAUAACCGAUUGGUACAGGAAGCCAACACACUCAGGUAGAAUAUUAAAUUACAGGUCCAACCACCCAUCAGAGCAAAAAAUUGGUAUCAUUAAAGGCAUGACUCUUAAAAUUUUGAAUAACACCCAUGAAAAGUUCCACCAGAGUAAUCUAGGGAAACUUAAGGAAUUAUUAGUAAAUAAUAAUUAUCCAAGAGCCAUGAUUAAGAUAGCAAUUGAUGCGAGUGUGGAAAAAUGGCAUAGAACCAACAGUAAUACCAAUUUAAAUCUGGAUGAAGCUACUGGGAAUAAAAGGUUUAUGAGGUUUCCUUUCAUAAAACAUAUGUCAUCAAAAAUUAAUGCUUGUUUCAUGGAUACUAAUAUCAAAUUGGCGUAUUAUAAUGUGAAACAAGUUAAAUCUUGUUACACAAAAUUAAAAGAUAAAACACCAUUACUGGACCAAUUUGGUGUUAUCUAUAAAAUUCCUUGCGAAUGUGACAAGUGUUAUGUUGGACAAACUAGACAACAUCUGAAGAAGAGAAUUGCCCAACAUAAAUAUGAUUGCAAAAAAAUUAAACUAGUUAAUCAUAAUGUGUUAUUGGAAGUGGAACCUCCAUCAAGUAGCACAGCUUUGGCGUUACAUCACUUGAACACCGGACACAGAUUCAAGUUUGAGGAUGUCUCUAUGUUGGAUCAAGAAAGUCAUUGGAAGAAGAGGAACAUCGGGGAAAUGUGCUUUAUUAAGAUGAAUAAUACAAUUAAUAAGAGGACGGAUACUCAAAAUUUAAGUUCUGUAUAUAAUGUAAUUUUAAAUUGUGACAGGGCCCAUAGUUUUGAUGGUACGGGUAUGUAGAUGACUGUUUUUUUUUGUGAGAACAUACAGUACAUUAUUAUCAGCUGUUAUUACCUGAGAGAAGAACUUGUAGUAUUGACAGAGUUUUAGUUAAUUAAUAUUUGUUAUUUAUUAGUUAAUGUUUAUCAAUUGAAACACGAAUAAAUGAAUUUGGAAUAUGAUGUGAAUAAGUUCAGGUUGUUAGCCUGCCUCGAUUCAUUUGACAUGUUUUUAACAAUUGAUGUUUGAUAAUUGAGCACCUGAAGAAGUCGGGAAACCGAUGAAACGUUGUGAAAAUUUAACAUAAACAUCGAAUAAAUAUUUCCAAUAAACUGUGAA